AUGGCGUGGUCAUUAGUUUGUCCUGCAAAUCGAGGAAUUGGUCUCUACCUGACACGACAUCUCCUUCAAAAUACACAACUUCCUGUCGUGGCAACCUCGAGGAAAGAUAUUGAAGGAACCAAGGAAUCUAUUUUGUCGAAUUUGGAUGUUGAUCCUAAGAGAUUGACAGUGUUGGAAGUUGAUGUUACAAGUAAGUGGCCAAGCCACCCAAUCAUCUCACUUCUAUUGAACCUCAGAUACAUAAAACACAAGAAGUCUCAGGUAAAAAAAAAGGAAUUAACAUACUCAGACGAAUCUACCAUCUCCGCCGCCGCCCAAGAAUGCUCCUCUCUCUUCCCCCCCGCAACCCACCAUCUACGACUCGCCUUCUCCAUCCCCGGUAUCCUUUAUCCCGAAAAAUCCCCCGCCCAAUUAGAUCAAUCACAAAUGCAACAUACAUUUGCCGUUAAUACAAUCGGACCCCUUCUCCUCACUAAACACUUCUCCCCCUUUCUUCCUCCUAAACGUUUAGAUCUCUCCCUAUCUCCAAGCACAAAAAACCUCCCACCCCACGCCCUCUGGCUCAACAUGUCAGCCCGCGUAGGCUCAACCUCAGAUAACGCACUAGGAGGCUGGUAUAGUUACAGAGCUUCUAAAGCAGCUGUCAAUUCUUUAACGAAGACAUUUGACCACUUCCUAAAAACUAGACAUGGCGAUAACGCAAUAGCGAUUUCGUAUCAUCCAGGGACGGUGAAGACGGGGUUAUCGAAGGAUUUCUGGGGAGGAGUCAAGGAGGGAAAGUUGUUCAGUCCCGAGUUUGCAGUGGAGAAGAUGUGGGAUGUCGCUAUGAUGAAGGGGAUUGAGAGUAGAGGUCGAUGUUGGGAUUGGAGGGGGGUGGAAAUUCUGCCUUGA